UUUAGAUUGAGGUUUUGGAUUUCGAUUUGUCAAAAUCCAUUGCUAAAUAUGCUUUCAAUUUCUAUGCUUGCAAUUGCAUUUCUACUGUGGUUUUUGGCUUUGAAUUCAAACUUAGCCAUGUGUUCUAACUUUAGUGAACUCUUCCAUUGCAACUGGGCUCCUGAUCACAUAAUUUCUGAUGGAGACCAGACCAAGUUAACUCUGGACAAUAAUUCUGGUUGUGGAUUUGAGUCUAAAAAGAGGUAUUUGUUUGGACAAGCAAGCGUGCAAAUCAAACUAAUUGAUGGAGACUCGGCUGGAACUGUCACUGCCUUCUAUAUGGCAUCCGAGGGGGCUAGUCAUGACGAGCUAGACUUUGAGUUUCUUGGCAAUGCAUCUGGAGAGCCGUACCUUGUUCAAACUAAUGUUUAUGUCAAUGGCACUGGCAAUCGGGAGCAGAGGCAUACUCUUUGGUUUGAUCCCACAGUUGAUUUCCAUGCGUACUCUUUCUUCUGGAAUCGCCGCUUUAUCGUGUUUCUUGUCGAUGGAAUUCCCAUACGGGUUUUCACUAACAAAGAAGAAAACGGGGUGCUGUUUCCAGAGAAUCAGCCCAUGACCAUUCGCGCGUCUGUGUGGAAUGCUGAUGAUUGGGCUACACAAGGAGGGAGGGUGAAGACAAAUUGGAGCCAUGCUCCCUUUGUUUCAACCUUUCGGUCUUUUAUUGUUGAUGCUUGUGAAUUGUUGCCAGAAACCGAAGAUAUCAUGGCCAAAUGUGGCAAACUAGGGCAGUUCUGGUGGGAUAAGCCAUCUUUUAGUGGAUUAAACAGGCACAGGAGCCAUCAACUUAAAUGGGUUCGUCGAAAGCAUUUGGUAUAUGACUAUUGUCAAGAUCCAGCACGUUUCACUGAGUUACCAAGGGAGUGUAUCAGUUAAAACUGCAAUAAAUGAUACGCAUUUUCCAGAUUCUUCUCAAAUUUAUCCUGGAAUUUUACUUCUUUUUUCCAUCAUUGGCUGCUUCUCUGUCUCCAUGAUUGUGGGCUACCCAGAAAC